GGUAGCCAGGUAUUUUUUUUUUUAGCAAGGCAGUACAGUCGCUGCCUCACACACACCACACCGGCCCCAGGGGAGACUGUAGUGUACUCUGUCCUGAAGAGAGAAUCUUUCCCAGCCAAAGUAUGGCCCACUCUGCAGCAGGCCCAGAGACCCCAUCUGAGGAUGAGUGUCCCAUCUGUAUGAGCCCCCUGAUGGAUCCACAUCACCCUGCUGCCUGCUCUCAUGUGUUCUGCCGACUAUGUCUCUCGCGCUCUUUAAAGUGGAUACCCCACUGCCCUUUGUGCAGAGUUAAGGCACAGGCUGAUGACAUAAUGCCUGUUGGUGCCACUGGAGUCACAGUCCAGACGAGGACCACAGUCAUCAGGUUGGAUCAAUCUCUCUCUGGCUUGACGAGGAUUUACACCCCAGCAACGAGACCUGUGACAGGUGAUAUCCAGAGUGCUGCAGUGAGGACGUUUGUCUGUCCGAUCUGCCAGGAGAGUGGUCUGAAUGAGCAGGAUCUGGUGGGUCACUGCAAUGACAACCAUCACUAUGACAACGGGCCCGUGGUGUGUCCGGUGUGUGUCUCUCUACCACACGGUAACCCAAACCAAAUCAGCAGGAACUUCAUCAGACAUUUGAACCUAAGACACUGCUAUUAUGCCGAGGACUACACGAAUAUCCAUCAAACCGAUACGUUGAACGUGCAAUAUGCCAUCAUUGAGUCUCUCCGAGAUGCCAACCUGAAUCCAAGAUGAUCUUGACUGAUAUGAGUCUCUCCGAGAUGCCAACCUGAAUCCAAGAUGAUCUUGACUGAUAU